GUUGGCCUUUUGGAAAAACAUCUUUGGGACAACCACUCAUUUGUAGUACCUCUUUAGAAUAUUCCAGUUGUUUCUUUUAGUUUGUACUUCUUUUCCCUCGUAUUUACAUUGUCCUCUGCAGGCUGAAUGUCCAAUUGGUAUUUCCUUCCAGAAUGAAGAGUACUAAUCCUACGGGACCAAACAAUUUCCCUUGCAGCUCUCCCUAACAAAUUGUCUUCCACGUAUGCACCUACAAUUUCCAAUCAGUCAGAAAUUGUGCUCUGACCCAUUCAGAACUGUGCCCCAUCUUGUCCCAAGACCGCCCAUGACAACCCAACACUUUUAGCCCCUCCUUCUCAGUGAGUAAGUCACAAUAGAGAUCCCCAUAGUGAUGGAUCCUCCACAGCUUCCCUAUGCAUCUCUGUUGGGCAUGUGAUUACAAAGAUUGCAAAAAAAAAAAAAAAAUGUGGAUUGAAGUGAAUCUGAAGGAAUAGAGCAGGUUACUCCACGGUAGACAACAGUAUUUAUAUUAAUGGUGUUGGUUUUUUAAACGGUGAUCUUCAAAAUCUUGAAUUAAGGAAUGAUACCAAUAAUGAGGUUUGUGCUCCAGCUUUUAGCCAAAUAUUUGUGCGUAUUAUUUCAUGCAGUCAAUCCAAGUUUUUCAUUGCCAGCGCUAGAAGUUCGAAAUGAAUCUUACAUGGUUCCUAGUGAGCCAAGGACAAAAGCAGAAAUCAUAUCUCAAAAGGUGGAAAACUUCUUCAAUCCUGUGACAUGCUGGCCCAGAGGAAAUCAGAAAGCCGUGGCUUGCAAAGUUGGAGAGCACAUCAACCAGACGUUGUGCCUAGAACACAAAUGUUGUGUGUCUUCCAGAAAAUUUAUUCAGUUAGACUGCUAUACUCCAUUUGAAGACCGUCCUCAACGGAUUUUGAGAAUAUUUGCCGUUGGCACUGGAGGAAUGUUGGCUGUUGUCUGUCUUCCAUUUUGCUGUUUCAUAGUAGAGAGAAGCCCGUGUGCCAAUCCUUUGCGCCGAGCCCCCAAAGAAGACAACACUGAAGAAGGAAGUGAGGACAGUGAGGAGAGCAGCGAUAGCUAAUCUGCAGAAUAAAUUCAAAACUACGUUGAGGGAAUGUAUGAAAGAUAACUAAAUGUUCCUCAUGAUAUGCCUGAACUGUGUGGAAUUAUUGAUGGUUUCUGGAGAUGGGGAUGUCUACUUUCCAGAGCUGAAGCAAUAAGAGUGUGGUGAUCCUAAGCACAACAAUACCAAAUGAAGGUGCAGCAGGGUAUAAUCACACCUACUCUGCCUUUUCUCUCUCCCUCUUUCCCCUCUUGUUCCCUCCUG